GUUGGUCGAUCCCGUCUGGAUAUCUAACCUACCACCAUGAAACCGACAUGGCCGGAUCUGCUGCCGGAAUUGGUCCGCGAGAUCUCAGGCCGCCUGCACGACGUCGCCGACUUCGUCCGCUUCCAUGCCAUAUGCAAGCCAUGGCGCGACUCUCACCAUCCUACGACAACGAGGACGACGGAUCAGUUCCUGCCCUGGCUCCUGGCGCCCAGCAAGAAGGGCGACGACUCCCUCAACUUCAGAUGCGUCUUCUCCAACACGAGCUACCGCGCUCCGCCGCCACCACCUAUAUCCGGCACCGACGGCCAGAUGAACUGGGUCGCCAGCGCUGACGGCACCACCAUCUGCUACUUCACCCCUUCCCCCGACGGCCCCACCCUUCACAACCCUCUCGGCGGAGGACCCCUCACCAACAUGCCUCUCUUCCCAGAGGACGUCAAUGGAGAGUUAGGGGAGAAUCCUAAUGGCAUCCUCUACAACGAUGGCACCGUGCUGCUGUACAGGAAGCACGACAGCAGCGACGAUGACACCGCCGAGUUCAAGGCGGCGCUCCUGUGUCCUGGGAACGAUGAGUGGACGUUUGUCAAAAGGACCCUUGAAUCCCCCUACUACGGCGAGUUCUGCGUCGCGUAUCAUGCCGGAAAGAUCCUUGUGACCGUGAAGGACGACCUCUGGCUCGUCGUGACAGCACCAUCCGCUGCUGCAAACAACGACCAAGUGCUGCUCCCCAAAUUGUCAUGGAUGCCAUGCGAGCAUGAUGGUCGCUACUAUGAGUACAGCUAUGUGCUCGAGUCCCAUGGCGAGCUUUUGUGGGUGUCGGUGCAUAUCAAGAUGGAUUACCUGAAGGAGAGUAGCACGAGCGUCUGCGACCUGGUCCAGGCACUCUCGAUGUCCGUACACACACUUGAGGAGGUCACAAAGGGACCCGAGAAGUUGCGUUGGGUAAGGAAGGUUGGCCGGAGCCUGGCUGACCGUGUCCUAUUUCUGGGGUGGCCCAAUAGUUUUGCCGUGGACGCCUCGAGGCUAGGUGUGAGUGGUGGAUUCACCUACUUCUUGUUCUACGACAACCACCGGCUGCGUAAGCGGCAUGGCGUUUUCAGGUACAACCUCAUCGACAACACGACCGAGCUCAUCGAGUGGUUGCCCCAAGGAUGGGACAACGAGAUGUGCGCGUGGCUCGUCCCCCAGCCCACCAUUGCUCCAAUCAACCGAGCUCUAGCAACAACUCCAAGGAUCAAUAGCAUGAUUCACAUCGAAAGAUGCUAUGGCCUUCUUUCUCAGGUGUUUGUGCGCAACCUACCUCUUCACGCGAAUGACUCUCAGCUGCAACAGUUGUUCAGUAAGUACGGCAGAGUGUCCAGCGCCAAGGUGACCUACUACAAGAAGACCAAGACCUUACGGGGCCUCAUCACAAUUGCAACGAUGCACGUUUGUCAGGAUGACGCGCUCGCUGCUCUGGACGGGUUGGUUUUAGAUGGUUGCAGGCUCGAGGUUAUCUCGGUCAAAGGCAGGUAAUAACGAGAUGAUGACACCGAUGAUAUAGUCUUCUAUCGGUGCGGCAUAGAAUAUGGUUUAGUUGCUUGUUGACUAGUAUUAACCUAAUGUUGGGGCUUCAUUGCAUGACGAAUUUAGCU